CAAGACACAAGGGAAGCUAAUAGUAAAUUUAUUAUACAAAAUUCACUAAUACUUGACCAGCGGGAACCCCUCAGUUUUUACACCCUAAUGAAAAAAAAACCGAGACCCAAAAACAAUCAUUCUGUCUCUAAUUCAACUUUGUUUUGUCCAGAAAUUCUCAGGACUUUUUUAUUUUCAAACUUGCUAUCCUUUGUUUUGCAAUUGAAUUGAAUUGAAUUUGCGUAAAAUUGAUAAAAAGAGAUGAGUUUUCAAGAUCUCGAAGCGGGUCGUCGGCCGCUGGCUUCGAGACGGGAUUUGAUUAAUGCAAAACAACAAGAACCUUCGCAGGCCGUCGCUUCUGGAAUCUUCCAGAUUAACACUGCUGUUUCCUCUUUUAAACGCCUUGUUAAUACUCUUGGAACUCCUAAAGACACCCCUCAGCUUCGUGAUAAACUCCACAAGACAAGGUUACAUAUUGGGCAAUUGGUAAAGGAUACUUCCGCAAAGCUCAAGCUAGCUAGUGAGACAGAUCAUGAAAGUAAUGUCAGUGCAAGCAAGAAGAUUGCUGAUGCAAAACUUGCAAAAGAUUUCCAAGCAGUUUUGAAGGAGUUCCAAAAGGCUCAGCGUCUUGCAGCGGAGCGGGAAACAGCAUACACUCCAUUUGUUCCCAAGGCUGUUCAUCCUUCUAGCUACACAGCCAGUGAGAUUGACAUCAGUUCAGAUAAGACGCUGGAGCAGCGAGCUUUUCUUGUAGAAGCGAGAAGACAAGAGGUGUUGCUGUUGGACAAUGAGAUAUCUUUCAAUGAAGCUAUUAUUGAAGAAAGAGAGCAGGGAAUACAGGAAAUUCAGCAGCAAAUUGGUGAGGUAAAUGAGAUCUUCAAAGACCUUGCUGUGCUUGUCCAUGGUCAAGGAGUAAUGAUUGAUGAUAUUGGGUCAAAUGUAGAAAAUGCCCAUGCGGCAACUAUCCAGGCAAAAACCCAUCUUGCAAAGGCAUCAAAGACCCAACGAUCAAAUUCAUCUCUGACCUGCUUGCUCUUGGUGAUAUUUUCUAUCAUUCUCCUCAUCGUUCUUAUAAUCGUUGCAGCUUGAGGAGAGGGUUUUGGAGUUUCCUCUAUAGGUGAACUGAACGGGUUUUACACUUUCAAAGGCAUAAUGUUUCCGUUCUUCCUUCGUCAACUUUCGUAUGUCUUGUAGGUUUGGCCAGUGACACUCAGGAAAAAAAUGCACUCGGGUUUGCGUUACAAAAAAGUGAAGCUUUAGUGGUUUUGCGUCAUGUUCAGGUGACUUAACAUGUAAAUGGAUUGGGGGGAAGAUGUUUUAGCUGUCCAACUUCAUCUAUUUGUUUAAUAAUCCUUUGUUCAAUUCUUGAUUCUUUGUUAUUCAUUCAUUUUGUUCGUAAAAAUUUGUUUGGUGUCUUUAUUAGGAAUUAUGUUUUCGUCCUCCCUCAUAUUGUUUGUUUGAAACGUUUUUUGCGGCUGAAGUUUUGAUAGUACCAUCUGUAUUAUAGUGUUGCAUCCCUGUGGUUGCACAUGUACUGCUUUGAGCCAGUGAAACUUGCCUUGUCAUUCUGGAGCCGAGUGCAUUUUUUGAUA